AUGUUCAGUCUACUAUUCAUCAAGUUCCUCGAGCAACACUUCGUUGCCACGGCCAUCCUGCUCCUCCUCCCGAUCCCUCUGCGUGCACUUGAGACAUACCUUCGGAGAUGGAGACUCGCACACGCCCAGGGCUGCCAAGAUGCCACCAGUAAAGUCCCUGUCAAAGAUCCCAUCGUUGGCUUCGAUUUUCUGUACAGGGUUUUCUUCGGUGAAGCUCCGGAACGCUAUCUGGAAAGCACUUGGGAGGCCUUCAAGGAGAUGGGGACUACUUACAUAGAGAGAAGAUGGUCAUGGCAGUGUGUCUAUACCUGCGACCCCCAUAAUCUCAAGCAGAUUCUCGCUACUGGCUGCGAAGACUUCGAUCUUCCUGACUUUAGAACCUCAGUCAUUGGCCAUAUAUUCGGCCAAGGUAUCUUUGUCCUGUCGGGAAAUACCUGGAAGCACGCCCGGGCAGUGCUGAGACAGAGUUUCAAGAAAGACAACCCUACACCGUUUCUCGAGACUCUGGAACGGAACUUUCAAGCAUUCACCAAGCAUAUCCCAACCGACGGCUCUGAAAUAGAUCUUCAGCCUUUAUUCUUGGCUCUUACUAUGGACGUAUCGACGGAGUUUCUCAUGGGGCACUCAACAAAUAUGCUCGGCGAUAAGACAGACCACACUCGAGAACAGCAGUUUGUGGAUGACUACAUGAUUUGUUCCGAGGAGAUCAUCCAGCAGAUGCAGCUUGGCCCUCUUCACUGCCUCAAGUUCAACUUUGCAGCCAAGAGGGCUAAGAAGAGAGUAUACGAGUAUCUCGAUACUUUUAUUGAGGAGUCAUUACAGAGUCCCAAGGACGACUCCAGUGGCAAUUUUCUCACAGAUAUGAUGGCUAUAGCAGAUGACAAGAAGUGUCUUAGUGAUCAUAUCCUGCAUAUCCUGCUUGCAAGUCGAGACACAACCUCAAGCCUGUUGAGCAACUUAUUCUUCUUCCUGUCGAAGAACGCAUACAUAUACACCAAGCUUCGAGAAGAGGUCCUCAGCAUCUCUGGCCAAACUCCACCAACCGCAAACCAGUUGAAAGAAAUGACAUAUCUAAAAUGGUGCGUCAACGAGUCGUUGAGGCUGCAUCCUGUGAUCCCCACAAACGCCCGCGUCGCAGUCAGGGACACGACCAUCCCUCGUGGUGGCGGCGCCGACGGGCAGUCGCCACUCUUCGUCUCCAAGGGAACAGCCAUGUUCUACAACGUCUACGCCAUGCAUCGCAACGAAGACGUUUUCGGCCCCAGAACAGAAGAGUUUGUUCCAGAGCGGUGGCAGGAUCUGAGACCUGGCUGGGGCUAUCUGCCUUUCAAUGGUGGUGCUCGCGCUUGUAUAGGACAACAAUACGCUCUGCUGGAGACUCAUUACGUGGUGGCUAGGCUGGUGCAGACUUACACGCAGCUUGAGUCGCGCGAUGACAAGGAGUGGAUGGAGUUGUAUGCUUUGGCGCUAUGUUCCAAGAACGGCACAAGAGUGGCUGCUAGGAUCUAA